GCCCUUCUCAUUAUGAGGCAAGGCUACAAAGUCAAUGAAAACAAAAUGGCGGAUGGUCAUGAAAGCAAGAGUGCGAAGAAGAACAAGAAAAGGGCACAAAAAAGAUUAGAAGCAAGAAUAGACAAAAUAAAACAGGAUGGAGUUGUGGAGAAGAUUCUUGAAAGAGAAGAUCCAAUCAUGGCAUUGAAGAAGAAACUUCAACAAGCAAAAGAUAACAAGGACCAUAAAUUAGCUGCAGAAUUAAGAAAGAAACURUGGAUGGCACAAGAUCAAGCUGCAGGAUACAGUGUUGAYGACCAAGAACAACUUGAAGAAUAUGAAGUUGCAACUGUCCCACAAACAUCCACAGUGAAAAACCCACAGUUGGAGUUGAAAAAUGAUGUUUCCCAAAAUACACCUGCAGAAACUAGUAGCAGCUUAAAUCCUCUUGAAAAAAAAUUGAGAAACUUAAAAAAGAAAUUACAGCAAAUUAAUAAUCUCAAAGAGAAGAGAGAAAAGGGAGAAACUUUAGAAGAGUUACAAAUUAAAAAAAUUGCAACAGAAGAUGAGAUCUUAGCAGAAAUUAAUGAAAUACAACAGUCACUUUCAGGUGUAACAUUAUAGCAGCCAAACACAACCAUACUGUAAGUUGUAGGACAGUUAAG